AUGGAGAAAGCUUUGAAGAACAUCAAUGGAGAACUUGUCUCUAAGGGCUUGGUUGUGGCUGAUUUGGGGUGUUCUUCAGGGCCCAAUGCAUUCCUUGUGAUAUCUCAGAUAAUUGCUGUAGCAAUGAAGGGAUGUCAAAAGGCAAAGGAGUUAAUGUUUUUGUUGAAUGAUUUACCAGGGAAUGACUCAAUACUCUUUCUUCGCAAUAGUCUUCAUUUUGUUCACUCUUCUUAUAAUCUCAUGUGGCUCUCUCAGGUUCCGCUAGGAAUUGAGAAUGGUGGAGUUAAUAUUAACAAAGGGAACAUAUACAUCUCAAGAACAAGUCCUCCAAUUGUAUCAAGGUCAUAUUUAGAGCAAUUCAAGAGAGAUUUCUUGAGCUUCCUCCAGUUUCGUUCUCAAGAAAUUGUCAAUGGAGGACAAAUGGUUCUGUCCUUUGUGGGCGGGGAAAAAGUUCGAUCGAUCUAA